CGUCGAGCAGAUCCCCAUCCUUUUUUUUGCUUGCUACUUACUCGGUACUUAUUAUUGUGCUGUGCUAGAUCUUUGUCACACAUCGUCCUUUACUAGAACUUUCACGAAUCGUCGAUCGCAAAGAAAAUGUUUGGAACAUCAUUGUGUUUGUUAUCUGACCUGUAAUGGAGAAUGUAGGCGAGUAGAGCUAGUAGCGGUUAGCAUGAUCAUCUUCAUGACCACACGACGCGGCACACAUCUAUACUAAUACAACGAACUACAUUACGUCAUAUCAGCAGAAUGAAGUAUUGACGUGAAAUUUCAGAGGAAAAAUAUGGAUACAACGGACGCGCGGGCGAAAGAAACAAUCAUAGUCGUUAAAAUUGGCUAGCCUCGGUUGUCGGUUCUCGCUCUGCUGCUUCGCCAAAGCGUUCUAGCGAUAGGACAGAAGUGGAUUCCGAAUAAUCUGUCCUCGCUUGAAGUUGACAGUCACUUCGAGGGACAGUUACAACAAUGUUCCUCCCCAGAAGCAGAACCCCCAAUAGGAAUAAUGAUCAACAGCGUAAACAGGAGCAACGUGGUUUGGAUACUAGACGAGGAAAUGGCACUACUUCUCAGGGUCAGGAGUCAAGAGGCUCGAACCAUCACAAUAGCCCUUCAUCAUCGAGUAACGGGGGAGGGGGAGGAGGAGGGCGGAGUAGAGCGGAGACACCAUGGGGGGUUCUAAAUCAAGAAAAUCAAAGCCCUCUUGCGACGCUGUGGAACAAGACUGUAUCGGUUGGGGCGUCGUUAUCGAAGAAAGUUCUAGACGCCGUGGUCGGUGGUGCAGCGUCAGUCAACGGUGCGCAAGCGCAACAUGAUGCGGACCGAAGAAGGAGAGAGCAAGAGCAACUACAGCAACAACAAGUCGUGAAUCGGGCGGCUGGGCCAGAACAAGAACAUCAGCACCAGUACCAUCUACUUCCUAGAAACCUCCAUGAACAGGAAUCUACAUUUUCAUCAAGUAGACCUCCAGGAGCCGACACUGCGGAACAGGGCUACGACAGGCCUAGUCGAGGUGAGACCCAACAUUAUCAAGGCCAUUUUCCUCUUUAUUCCAGCGCAGCCAGUGCAGAGCAAAGAGGUUUCCUUCGCGCAGAGCCUUACCGUCGUGUAGGCGAACAAUUUCACCAUCCAGUUAGAAGCAGUGGGGCUGGACGCAUCUCUCCUCCUCCUCUCUCAGUUGUAUCAUCAAAGCACGUUAUGCCAUUCAGCGUGACUCAUAGGCCGCGAGCUCAAGGUGGAAGUGUGGCAUCAUCAUCACGUGCAAGCUUUGCUACAACAAGUGUACAUGGAGCAGGAGCAUUUGAUCCUACAGGCUCGUUCACUCCAGGAUUCGUAGAACGACUGCGACAGACCAAAGCCGGUAGUAGAAAUGCGAGGCGUAAUGACCCACGACGCGCGGUUUCCUCGAAAUUACAGGUGCUGGAGCCACGAGUGUCAUUGCCAGACCAACGUGGUCGAAAAAUAGCAAGCGCAAGUAAGCAAGCACAAUAUUUAGUGCACGAAAUAACAACAAGCGAUCUGAAGAGCAAGAGUAGCGCGAGCCGCCCUGUUCGCAAGACAGGUGGCAAAGCUGACACGACUAGCAGCAGGAAUAAAGUGCCACCCUCUAUUACUUGUGUGGACGCUUCGUAUUUUGAGGAGCGAGAGCACUUACAACUUCAGGAAGAGCGUUCAAGGGCGCAAUUCCUACUCCGGAAGUCAACAGAAAUUGUGAAGCGGAUGGACCACGAUCAACAUGUGAGUCACAGCCAGGAGGUGAGUGUUCAGGAGUCGGACAAUGAUGUUGACAUGAUGAUUUCUCCAAACGAUCCUCUGGCUCCACGUCAGAAGCGUCGAGACGCGAGGACGCUAACGAAGAUAAGGAAUGGGAACUACCUGUCUUCGACGAACUUGGCAGAAGAUGGUGGCCAUCCUAGUACUGGUCUGAUAAACAGGGCAGCCGAUACAUCGAACAUGAUGAGGAGUCCUGGCUACCUCCUCUCGCCUGAGGACGGUGUCAGCGCCGUCGAUCCAAGUGCUAUGUUGGUAGCUACCAGCGAAAUGAGUGGUGGUCGAGCAGCAGCUACAGCUUCAAGAACAGGCGAUAUUGUAGUGGUGACCAUUUCUGACGAGGAUGAAUGGGGCAAUUAUUUCGAAAGUGGAGACAGCAACGCAGAAGUGUGUUCAGCGCGUGCAGCUCAACAGCGCACUGCCCAGCUCGCGUCGGAAGCACGACGGAAGGCUGCGGCGCAGGCUGCAAGUCUACAACGAGCUCGAAGUCCAACGCGGCGGGUGGUUGCGAACACGGCUAAAGCAGAAACAGUUUAUUUGGUGGGAGCGUCGGCAUCUUCAUCUUCAACAACUCUUGCGAGUCUUCACAUACCCUAUCAGAAGGUGGAUGGCAAAACAGGUCAAGAAGAGAGUACUCCUGUACAACUUGAGCUUGGCGAGACGGACCACAAAGACAAAGGAAGGGAGAAAGCAAGAAUAACUUCCACAACUCGACGUACAAUUUCAAUUACGGUGAGCGAUGCAGCCUCCGCCUCACGAAGUGCAGACGCAGCUGCGGGGAAAGAUCUGGCACGAAGUGCGACAUCUUCUGGCGUGAAAGGAGGCACGCGGGUGAGCGGGAAGCCAGUCGCGCUAUCACCAAAAUGUGUGCCACGACCGCCAGCAAAUGAAGUCAUAGAAAUCCCUGAUACUUCUGAUGAAGAGGAAGAUAAACGAGCUAAGCAGGAGGUGGAAGCCGUGUCUCAUAAAGUAGACGAGGAGGGACGAGCUGAAGAUGAUAGUACUAAUCAGAAGAGGCAACUUGCUCUUGAAACUGGAAUGCAAGAUGAAGAGGAAGAAUCAUCGAUCUACUCUGGCGCGCUGAGGCCAGUGCUGAGUGAUGCGCAGCGAGGAAUGGCGGAUGAGAUGCUAGCAGUGUACCAAAGUCGACCUAACGGCAUGGAAAAGAUCCAGGGUGACGAUCAUUGGACGAAGAUCGACCUCCGGGUCAACGACAUGCGCACUCUUGCUCCGCGCACGUGGCUUAACGACAACGUUAUCGAUUUUUACAUCAAGAUAGCCGUGCGCGAAAUUUUGGGCACAGAGGUAGUAGACAAAAAAGUCCUCUGCUGGAACACACAGUGGUGGAUGCGGAUAAGCGGCGAGGGGCAGAGUCUUAUGGCACUGAGAAUCAGAAUGUUGUGGUAGUCUUCCAACUAGACUGAUUGAUUUCCUUGCACCUCAGUGAAAGUGAGUGUCGUGAGUGAACAACGAACAUUGAAUCACGAUUUGACAUUCAUUCUAGAAGUAGUGCUCUAUGAUCUCUAAGAGUUCAGGAGGAGCACAGUAUUGCUACGCCAACGUGAAGCGGUGGUCUCUCCGUCGCAAAGCAGACAUUUUUGGAUUAGACUUGAUGAUUGUGCCUUGCGGCUCUGGAUCGCAUUGGUCGUUGGGGGUCGUGGACUUUCGGCGCAAGCGCUUGAUACACAUUUGCUCGCUAGGACUCAGAAAGACCCUGUUUAUGGAGGUGGUACGCCGAUACUUAUCGGAUGAGUGGAAAGACAAGAAAAAAGGUGCAGGCGAGUUCUCCUUCGACGGAUGGACAGAGCUCUAUUCGAGCGACUUCGAAAAAGAGCUAGGCAUUCGAAUUCCGCGUCAAGAUAACAGCGACGAUUGUGGUAUGUUCACGAUCGCCUUCGCGGUUCAACUCGCGCAGCAGUAUCGUGACCGAGGAGCCGAAAAGGGACCCAGUUUUCGCUUCGGGGUUUCGCCAGAUCUGAUUCAUGACCUGCGACGUCGGUAUCUGUUGGAGAUACGAACUGGUGAGUACUGGGGCGACGAUAUAUAUGACAAGAAAGAGACGACCCCUACGACAUCCUAAACUUCCAGAGUCUGAGACCCACCGCUUUUAUCCUCCAUUGUGGACGUGGAAGUAACGACGGCUGAUGCUGAUCCUGAUUCUUUUACAGAACGUCAUUUCGGGGGACGAGCACGAAUAGCCAGGAACAAAAAGGUACUCGAUUAUGUUUAUGGUCCACCCUUGUUCCAGUCGAUAUUAUAGCAAAUAAAUUGUUCUUCUAUUAUAUAAUCCGUCGUAGUGUAUGUGUGAUCUUCGCAUGACAUGAUGAUAUCAGAAAAAACCAAAAUCUUCUUUUCCGUUCACCUCGUACGGAACGAUGCGUCACUCAUCGAUCUUCUCCAUCUAUUUCUGUACAGGUAUCAGUACUGCUAUCAUUAUGAGCACUGCCAUCUAUACGGGGACUGCGACGAGAUCGCUUACGCGAGCAGCAGUGGCGAAGUAGAAGAAGGGACAAGUAGAUUUAGAUGCACACAUUCAUUUUCAUACCAAGCAGGACGAGCAUUGCUUUCUGGCUUAGUAUCGUGGUGUGACAAAUGGUCAUGAUCUACAUUCAUUCAUCCGCCAAUCCUAUUUUUACACUGACAUGAUUCUUCUCAUACUAUGCUUCCAGGAGGACAUGAAAGAGUAGAAUCUCCAUACUGCUAUUUUUCUCCUCGCGAUGGGACCGCCCCCGACCGCGAGUUUUCAUACAAAUUGAAUGCUCAUCUUCUUGUACGCUUCUAUUAUUUGAGCCGCGGAGUCCUUG